AUAUUAAUCAAGAAAUGCUUAAUACAAAAUAUUUAGAUUAAGAAAACUUGUUUGAAUUAAUUAUAUUUCAAGGAUAUAAGAAUCUUGUGUUUUAUUGGAAUUUUGCUAAAGGAAUAGUCAAUAAAAAAACAGAAAUUCAAGACCUUUUGAAAUAAAAUAGAAUUCAAAACAUAUAUGGAGUUAGCGAAGGUUUGAAGGGAUUUAGUCAAGCAUUUUCAAGUGAGCCAAUCACUAAUUUUAAAUACUUCUUAACAAAUUAUUUUAAGUUUACAAUUUAUGAAAUGUGUUCUGGUGUGAAAAUCAUAUUACUCUCAAAUAUUUCUGAUUAAACAGAUUAUUCAGAAACAUUAAAAGAGGUUUAUACUAACUAUUUAGAAAUCAUUAAAAGAAACCCAUUUUAUGUACAUGGAGAGCCUUUGGAUAAUCCUUUGUUUAUAGAAAAAAUAGUAGAAAUUUUUGAGCCUUUCCAAAAAAAAAAAUGAAGUUUAUUUGCAC